AUGCCAUCGGAUAGCAACACUGGAGCUUCUACCUCUCACGAACAUGAUGGAAAUGGCCGUCGAAGCGGUCGCAGUAGUGACCGUGACCGUGGCGGACGCGGUGGCUGGAGGCCCAGAAGAUCUUAUAUCAAAAUACUGAUCGAAUGGCGACAGAGACUUCAGCGCCGCCACUACCGUCACCGCCAGCAGUAUCAGGGCCAGGGUCAGCAUUACCAAGACCACCGUCGUCAAGAUCACCACAACCACAACCAGCAGCAUCAACACCACCAGCAGCAAGCCCAACAGCAGCAAGCCCAACAGCAGCAAGCCCAACAGCAGCAAGCCCAACAGCAGCAAGCCCAACAGCAGCAAGCCCAACAGCAAGCGCAGGAGCAUUCAGAACUGCAAGAACAGCAGGAACAACAGCAGGAACAGAAAGGACAGUAG